AUGGAUGGAUGGGAUGAUGAACAGGUUGACCAGCGGUCUUGUCUGAUUUGUGGAGAUAGAGCUACUGGUCUCCAUUAUGGCAUUGUUUCAUGUGAAGGCUGCAAGGGAUUCUUCAAGCGCAGCAUCUGUAACAAGCGAAUUUAUCGUUGUAGCCGUGAUAAGAAGUGCCAGAUGUCCCGCAAACAGCGAAACCGUUGCCAGUACUGCCGUCUGCUCAAGUGUUUAAAGAUGGGCAUGAACCGCAAAGCGAUCAGAGAAGAUGGGAUGCCUGGGGGGCGUAAUAAAAGCAUUGGGCCCGUUCAGAUUUCGCAUGAUGAGAUUGAGCGGAUUAUGUCUGGUCAAGAGUUCAAGGAAGACAUAGGCCUGCCCGAGCACACCUGGAGUAACAAUGGAGACAGUGACCAUGGUUCCCCUGGCAACGCAUCUAUCUCUGAGGGCAAUCAGCCAUCACCUGUCUCUACCCUCUCAUCUGGUCGUUCUGUGGAGCUGAAUAACUGUUCAGCAGCCUAUGGGGACCAGUAUGCAGGGACACAGAUUUCUGCACACUACCAGUUUCUGCCCCAGCUGAUUGGCUAUGCUGCCCAGUCAGGACUGCUGCUCCCCCCCGCCCGUGGCCUGUACCCUCAGACACACACACUUAUCACACAGCUGCUGGAGGCAGAAGAUAUGACUCCACUCAAUACACCCAUGCUAAUAGAGGAAGGGUACCAUGUGACUCAGGUGGAACUGUUUGCAUUGCUGUGUCGGCUGGCAGAUGAGCUGUUAUUCCGACAGGUUUGGUGGGCGAAGCGUUUGCCAUUUUAUUCCGAGUUUUCAGUGGAGGAUCACACUCACCUUUUGGGGUCGUCGUGGCAAGAACUCAUACUGCUGGCUAGCCUUACAAUCCACAGUCCUCAGAUAAACACAGAUCUCACCAACAUCACUAGCCAGUACACACCUUCAUCUCGGGAAAUACAGGGGUUUAGUGAGGAGUCUAUGGAAGUGAUGGAGAAGAUGAUUUAUCUGUUUCGUAAGUUUCAGCAGUUGAAGGUCAGCAAUGAAGAGUAUGUCUGCAUGAAGGUCAUCAAUUACUUCAACCAGGAUAUCAGUGGUCUGGCUUGUCCGGCCCAGUUGGACCAGCUGAAUAAGCGUUACUGGUAUGUGUGUCAGGAUCUGACAGAAUAUAAACACCCUCAGCAGCCUAAACGUUUCCCUGAGCUCAUGAUGUGUCUGCCUGAGAUUCGCUGUAUCGCCGGAAAAAUGGUGAACGUGCCUUUGGAGCACCUCCCUCUGCUUUUUAAAGCAGUACUGCACUCCUGCAGGACCAAUCAGAACCACCUCCGAGCAAACUCCGCUCCCCUCCCAACCUCAGGAUGCUCCCCUGAUAACUGA